AUGAAGGUCUUAGAACCUCAGUUGGCUCCGGGUAGGUGGCUUCAGUCCCGGAGCAUCAGGUUUGAAGGGACGAUGCACGGUAGAAGGUUGAAUCCCCAGCCCCGCAGGAGCGAGGCUGCUUCUUUUGAGGAUGCGGUCCGGACCCUCAACACUCUGCAGACCAAUGCAGGCUACCUGGAGCAGAUGAAACGGGAGCGGGGGGAUCCCCAGGCCCAACUGGAGGCCAUGAAGCAGUACCUGGUGCGAAGCGGGCUGCAGGUGGAAGACUUGGACCAGCUGAAUAUCAUCCAUGUAACUGGGACCAAAGGCAAGGGCUCCACGUGUGCCUUCACUGAGCGCAUCCUGCGCAACUACGGUCUAAAGACGGGAUUCUACAGCUCCCCCCACCUGGUGCAGGUGCGGGAGCGGAUCCGCAUCGACGGGCAGCCCCUAAGCCCCGAGCUGUUCACCAAAUACUUCUGGCGGCUCUACCACCGGCUGGAGGAGACCAAGGAUGCAAGCUGUGCCAGCAUGCCCCCCUACUUCCGCUUCCUCACCAUCCUCGCCUUCCACGUAUUCCUUCAGGAGAAGGUGGAUCUGGCUGUGGUGGAGGUGGGCAUCGGGGGAGCUUAUGAUUGUACCAACAUUAUCAGGAAGCCGGUGGUCUGUGGAAUCUCCUCUCUGGGCAUCGAUCACACCAGCAUCCUGGGGGAUACCAUCGAGAAGAUCGCUUGGCAGAAGGGGGGCAUAUUUAAGCCUGGAGUUCCCGCCUUCACCGUGUCCCAACCGGAGAGGCCUCUGCAAGUACUAAAGGACCGAGCCCGCUGCCUCCCGUGCCCCCUCUACCUGUGCCCUAACCUCGAUGUCCUGGAGGAAGAGGAGCAGGUGCUGGGUCUGGGGCUGGCGGGGGACCACCAGCGAGACAAUGCCGCCCUGGCCCUGCAGCUGGCACGGAGCUGGCUGCAGCAGCAUGGACACAAGGGGAUUGGAGAGCUGAGGGCCCCCCAGCAGGGCCCCAGGCGAAUCCUGCCCUCGGCGCCCGUGUUCCGGCCCACCCUCUUAAUGCAGCAGGGGUUGCGCGACACAGAGUGGCUGGGCCGGACCCAAGUGCUGCAGCACGGGCCCCUCACCUGGUACCUGGACGGGGCUCACACCACCAGCAGCAUCCAGGCUGGGGUUCGCUGGUUCCGCCAGGCCGCCCUCAAUCAGGAGAAGCCGAGCAACGGCUCAGAGGUGCGGGUGCUACUGUUUAACGCUUCAGGGGACCGAGACACGGCUGCACUGCUGAAAUUGCUACAGCCCUGCCAGUUUGACUAUGCUGUUUUCUGCCCCAACUUUGCCGAGGUGUCAACUGUGGGAAAUGCAGACCAGCAGAACUUCACCGUGACCCUGGACAACAUGCUGACCCGCUGCUUGGAGAACCAGAAACAGUGGAACCGGCUGGUGGAGGAGAAAACCGGGCUGGACCCCUGGCUGCCUGGACGUCCCGACCCCGAGGGCGGCCCCCUUCACGGGUCCCUGAGACUGGUGCCCUCCUCCCCCCGCCCGCUCAACUCCAACUCCCUGGUGUUCAGCUGCAUCUCCCACGCUCUGCAGUGGAUCAGCCAGGGCCGGGACCCACAUUUCCAGCCUCCCGCUCCCCGGGGGCUCCACACCCACCCUGUGGCCAGCAGCGGGGCCGUCCUCCUCAAGGAGGCCACCGCCAUCCGCGUGCUGGUGACCGGCAGCCUGCACCUGGUGGGCGGGGUCCUGAAGCUGUUGGACCGAUCGCUGUCGCAGUAGCGGAUCGGGUCUCGUUCCUGGGGGACGUGAGGACUUCUCCCUGGGCGGCCUUCUGUCGGCCUUCCCCGUCCCUGCCCGGCCCUCCAUCCUCCACCAGGUGCCUUCUUCUCCCUUGGCCAAGCUCCUCUCUGCUGGAUGUCAGGUCGGAGGAUUUGGGGACUGUGGUUUGGUGGUUAUGGGGGCGGUGACGUAGUUGGAGGGGGUCACAGGGCAUUGCUGAGAGAGGGUGUGCUCCUUUCAGACCGUGCAGCCACGGGCGGCCCCCUGGAUAGGACUGGAAGCAGGUGGCUUGUUUAGGUCUCAAUAAUCCUCUGCCCCGAGAAGUUGGGGGUGAGGGUGUCAGAAUUCACUCCCAAACGGCUCAGGAUUCCUGGCUUCUAGUCCCAGCUGUUGCGGGCUCACUGUGACCUCGAUCAAUUCCCUCCGUGCCUGAUUCCUAACUCCCCCCUCCCCUCGCCUGGAGGAAGAGGAGAACGUGGAUUUGUCCUCCCACGGCCCGGCUGCCUCCGAGGGAGCCCCAUGCUCCGGAGCGGCCGGUGUCCGUGUCCUCUUCCCGCCCCUGCCGGACCCCGAGUGGUGGCAGGAGCCCGGAAACCCCUGGAUCCUGCUGGCUUUCCUGGCCUCGGCCUGGGCAUUGUGAGAGCCGGGCUGGCUGGAAGCCCAGGCUUCUGCUGCUGGAUAGAUUUACACCCCCACUCCCGCCACUGAAUUCUGGAAAAGCAGGGACUUGGUACUCUCAGCUGAUAGGUCCUUGGGAGGCUAGGCCUGUAGGUUACUUGGAAGUAUUUAAUUAUUUUUUUUUUUGACUAAAAUGUAAGUAAACAAAAAGCAGUUGGA